AUGGCUUUCUUCAAAACUAUUAAUACCCGCGCAGAGUACGAAGAGCUGUUGUCUUCAGCUCAUCCCAACAAAUUGGUGGUGGUUAACUUCCACGCUACCUGGUGUCCGUCGUGUCUUGCUAUAUCACCCGUUUAUCAAAAGCUUAGUACUCAGUAUAGGCACGUUGCUUUUGCGAGAGUUGAUGUCGAUGCUAACAAGGAGACGACACAACUUGCAGGGGUGACAUCAAUGCCAACUUUCAAGUUUUUUAAGGGAGGCAAUGAAAUUUUAGAGGUGAAAGGUGCAAAUCAAGGAGCUCUUGAAAGACAUGUAAAGCAAUAUGCAGGAACUCCAGAAGAGAGUGGCUAUUCAUUAUUAACUGUUCAAGGCCAUAGCGACAUUAACGAAUUCAUCACCUUAAACCAAAUUGACUGCCUUAAUCAACAAACAAGUCAUCACGUUCGGCAUAUUUUUACAAAAGACGACUCUUAUCUGGAAUCUGACGUUGAUGAACAACUAUUGAUAUCGAUUCCAUUCAACCAGUCUGUGAAACUUCAUUCACUAAAAAUUACAGCAAACGAUAUCGAACACGCGCCAAAGACAAUUAAACUUUACGUGAAUAGGAUCAAUUUUGGCUUUGAUGAAACUGAUUCUAUCGAGGAAACGCAAACGUUGGAAUUGACUGAAAAAGAUUACGAAGAGACUUCCGUAAUCCCGUUGAGAUUUGUCAAAUUCCAGGCUGUGACAAAUUUAGUGUUAUUCGUACAGGAUAAUCUUGGCGAUGAAGAUACAACAAUCAUCAAGAAUCUUGUGUUUAUAGGGUCUCCGGUUGAAACAACCAAGAUAGAAAAUCUUAAAAAGAUGGACGAAAGUUCUUGA